AUGAUUGAUGAAAUAUCUUUGUUGGCAAGUUUUGUUUAAAUAAAGACUGAAACAGCAUAUCAAAGAUCAAAAUUUAGUGGAUUAUGUUUGUAUCCAUCUAUAGUACUAUCAAUAGUAUUUGAUAGGAGUAUAAUAAAUAUUGGAACAAUUAUGAUAACAUUGAUUUUAAAAGCUAUUUUAAAAAAUCAUAAUAAAUUAAUUUAUUUCUUAAGAGUAUUAUAAUCAAAGAUAAUUAUAGGUUUUAUUAUUAUUUCCAGAGCUACUUUUUUAAAAUUAGAAUCAUGCAUUAAUAAGUUCAUUUUUUAUUAACUAAAUAUUCAUACCUUAUUGGCCAAACUAAAUUCCAUUUUUGAUGGUAUUGGUUAGAUCAAUGAAUGGAUUAUAUUUAGGAUUUGGAUUAGUAAUGUUUUCUAGAUAUCUUGAAAUUAUAAAGAGAAGAUUUUUUAUAUCAUUUUAUAUUUAAGAAUAUGUAUAACAUUAAAAGGAGAUUGUUUUAGAGAAAUUACCUAUAGAUAUAUUUAUGAUAAAUAGUGAAGCAAAUAUUAUCUAUAGUAAUAAUAAUGUCAAAUAAUUUGAUAAUGAAUUGUAAAGUAAAUUGGAAAAUACUAUAAGAAAAAAGAAAAUGAAUUAAAUAAUAAUUAAUAGUAAAUAUUAUACAUUAGAAUAAUAUAAUUCUGAUUUUAUAUUGAAAUAAUCUUAGUUUAGUUGUGGUGAUGUAGAACUUUUUACAAAAUUAUCUUAAUAAAUAGAUUAAUUAUACAAUUUAUUAUGUUAGGAUUAUUAGAAAUGGAAUAAUUUAAGAGCAUUUAAAGUAGUUAAGGAGAGUGAUUUAAGUAUAUUAGGAUAAUGCACUACAGAUUGUAGACUAUUAAAAUAGUAAAUUGAUACCAUGACACUUUUAAAUCAUGAUUCUUAAUAAAUUAAAUACUAGUCAGUAUAAAAUGAUGAGUUUUUUUGUAAGUAAAUUGAUUGAUUUAGUAAAGAACUAUGUAGUGAAUGUAAUUGAAUCAAUGGUUAAUCGACUAUAAGAGCAUUUUAAUCUAAUUCAACUUGAAUUUGAAGAAGGUAUUCCUGAAAAACUUGUUGGAAAUAAACAUGGUAUUCUAUAUAGUUUAUAUGCAUAUUUAAUGAGUGCAUUAUUGGUUGAAUAGAAAUCAGAUUUAUUAACUAUAAAUGUUAGAAUAGCUUAAGUUUAUUUGGAUAAAUCUGAAUAUGAUUUAGAGAUAUCUAUAAGUUAUCCAUGUUCAACAAAAUAAAUGAAAUUAUAUUGUUAAGAUGAAUAUGAAAAUGAAAAUGAAAGAAUGUUAUUAAUUAUGAUCAAUUUAUGUAAGAAAUUACUAUCAAUUGAUUAUAAAACUGAUGGUGAUAACAUAAUUAUUUUAUUGAUAACCAAUGUUUAAUUAUGUAAAAAGAGUGAUAAAUCUUGUGAUAACAUAUAAAUGGUAGACUUGACUUUUACAAAAAAUGUAGCUGAUGUAAAUCAUUAUUUUUGGAAUGCUAAAAGAUUAGCUUCUCCAGCUAUGACUUAUGAUAAAUCUUUGAGAUCUCCUUUAUAAAAAUACACUGCAAAAUUUAAUAAUCCUGAUUCUUUAGCAUCAACUAUCCAAUUGAAAUCUAUACCAUAAUCUGCAUAAGCUUCGGCUGCUAAUUCAAAUGCACAAUCACUUGAAAAUACAUAAAUCUAACAUUAAGAUAUCAUUAAAGAAGUUGAAAUUGCUAUUAAAUAUACUAUAUAAUUCCCAUAAAUUCAAGAUGAUAUUAUUAAAUUACUUGAAUAAACUUUGAAAACAGCCUACAAUGAAGGUAUAUUAGAUCAUGAUAAAACUAUACUUGACAUUGGAUAUCAUCAUAUUCAUUAUGAUAAAUAUAGUCAAAUUAGUGUAUAAUCAGAUACACCAUUUCUUAAAGAUUAUGGUGAUCAAUUACAGAAUGAUAAAGAUACAAGAUUUGAUGCUAUACCAAAAUAAUUUACUACUCCUUAAUAAAAACCUAGAUAAUUUUAGAGAUUCGAUAAUAUGAGAGCAUAACCUAUUCAUGAUAUCAUUAAUAAAAAUAAAGAAGUAAAUAAGUUCAUACAAGGUAAAAGAAAUUAAGAUCAAAAAUAAUUAAGUGUUUUAUUUAGUCCUUGGGUUAUGAGUAAAUUUAGAAACAAUUUGGUAUCAAUAGUUUAAUCCAAAACUUCAUUACCAAAUAUUGAUGAUAAUAAUGGUAUUUUUAUAUUUAAUUUAUUUAGAACACAAAUUUCAUAUUAAAAUCAGAGAUCAUAGAUUUAAAAAAUAAUAAAGAAAAUGGACUAAUAAAAUUAGAUUAGAUGAAUUACCAAAAUAAUAACCAAAUAUACUAUGUCUAAUUCCAAGUACUCAAUUUAUAUAGGUUGCCUAAAGAUUUGGAAAUAGUAUGUAUGGUGAUUAAAUGAUUGGAGAACCCAUAAUUACUUAUUCAGUUUCAGAAUUAAUUAGAAUUUAUAAAGAACAUUUCAAUGAAGGAAAGUAGUUUUGUUUUAUUUUGAUUUAUAUUCAUAAAAUUGGAGAAAUUGAAGAAUUAAGUAUAGCUGUAUAAAGUAAUGAGAAUCAAUGGUCUCAAGAUCCUGAUUUCAAAAAAACAGUAAUGAUAGGAAUUUACAAUUAAACUUAAUUGAACAAAAAUCUAUAUUAGUAUCUUAAGUACACUAUACCUCUAAGUCAAGAUGCAGAAUAAUUAGCUAAAUCAAAAGAAUGGAUAGCCGAAAUAAGUAAAUGA